CAGUCGCACAAGCCCUUGUGAAAAGCAUUCUGGGAUACAGUAUGUAAACAUCAGCCCCAAACCUAUCAGAGGAGAUACCAAUGCAUUUUAUACAUAAUGCAACUUUGAGCAGGCUUCUUUUUUAUGAUUUUGCCUUUUAAUACAAACGGGGCGCACUCGACUUCGUGAUUUAUCGGGAUGUAACUAUGCUUUCAACAAGCGACAGUACUUCUGUGCAAGUGUCAGAAUGCUAGCGGCUAAGUAGUUAGCUCGCUGCUGGAUCAUUCAUGCGCUCAUAGUUGUAUCACAUUUCAACGGAUUCGUCCAGUCUUCUUUUCUACCGGCAGCCCAGACUCCUCGUCCUACUGUGAAGGAUGGGUGUGAAAACCUUCACUCACAACUCCCCCAGCCACAGCCAGGAGCUUUUGGAUAAGCUCAACACCCUGCGCAGUGAGGGCCACUUCUGUGACGUCACCAUUCGAGUACAAGGCCAGCUGUUCUCGGCUCACAAGGUAGUGCUAGCCUGCUGUAGUGACUUCCUUCGAGCGAAGCUGUCUGGGAAGCCGGCUGAAGAAGACACUGUAAUUGUAGGCGAAGAUAACAAGCAUGUGCUGGAUCUUCAACACGUGACAGUCGCUGGUUUCACUCCUCUUCUGGAAUAUGCCUACACAUCCACCCUGUCCAUUAGUACGGAGAAUAUCAUUGACGUACUCGCGGCAGCUAGCUACAUGCAGAUGUUUGCAGUAGCUAACACUUGCUCUGAGUUCAUGAAGUCCAGCAUUCUGUGGAACUCGGCAUCCUCGGGAGCAGGAGGUCCUGGUAGCACCCAGCCCCCAGGUUUACACAGGCCCCAAGAGCCCCCUGAAGGCCAUGCGAGCUGCACCCUUGCCCCUGUAGAUGCCCUCUCACCGUCUCCAGUCUCAUCCGAAUGCAGCGUACCAGAGCGGCCCAUCCCUGUGUGCCGUGAAUCUAGGCGCAAGCGCAAAGGCUUUGCAAGCCCGCAACCAGCAUCCUCUACCUCUCCACAAGUCCCCAACCCCUCUCCCUCCUCUUCUUCCUUCCCAGAGAGUUCAGCGCAGGCUCUGGAACCAUCUCUGGCCUUCUCCUGGACAUACCCCUUUGGUGUGGACCGGCGGUUUACGCCAGAGAAGUCAAAACUACCUGAAGGUCUCCUGGAACCAUCCGGAGCGUCGGGGCAGGACUCUAGUGGACGGGCACUGGUGGAGUAUCUCGCCUGCGAGGGCCCACGCAGCCUGGGUGUAGGGGGUGCGGCAGGGGUAGAGGAGGAGGAAGAAGAGGAUGUGCAGGUGAAGGUAGAGAGGCUAAGUGACGAAGAAGUGCAUGAAGAGGCUUCUCAGCCGGUCAGUGCUCCACACAGUUCUCUGAGUGACCAGCAGACGGUUCCUGGGAAUGAACAUACCCAAGAAGAUCUACUCAUCAGCCCCCAAUCCUCAUCCAUUGGCUCCAUGGAUGAGGGGGUGACGGAGGGUCUCCAGUCCAUGCAGGGCACUCCAAACACUACUGGUCACAUGGAGGAGGAUGAGAGGCUAGAGAAUGUCCAGUACCCAUACCACCUGUACAUCAGUCCCUCCAACCGCCCAGGACUCAACGGUCCUGAACGGCCCUUCCAGUGCCCUACAUGUGGCGUCCGCUUCACUCGAAUACAGAAUCUCAAGCAGCACAUGCUCAUCCACUCUGGUAUUAAGCCAUUCCAGUGUGACCGCUGCGGGAAAAAGUUUACGCGGGCUUACUCCCUGAAGAUGCACCGGCUGAAGCACGAAGGUAAACGCUGUUUCCGGUGCCAGAUCUGUAGCGCCACUUUCACUUCCUUCGGUGAAUAUAAGCACCACAUGAGGGUGUCUCGCCACAUCAUCCGCAAGCCUCGGAUUUACGAGUGCAAAACGUGCGGCGCCAUGUUUACCAACUCCGGCAAUUUAAUCGUACACCUGAGGAGUCUCAACCAUGAGGCGUCAGAACUAGCAAACUACUUCCAGACCAGUGAGUUCCUCCUCCCAGACUACCUGAGUCACAUGCAAGAGGAAGAAGGGCUGGGACACUUUGAAAUGAGUGAGCAGACCUUUGAAGCUUCUUCCUCCUCUUCCUCAGUCCAAACACCAGUUAUCUCUCAAGUUUCCUCUACCAUGAACUAUGACAACCACACUUCUGCACCUCCUUCCCAAACCCCAAACCCUAGAUCAGGGCACGGAGGGGAGGGCGCACCAGGGGACCAUACGAAGUCCACGGCCGCUGUUACCUCUCUACAAGACCCAGAGGAAGAUGAGGGAGAGAAGGAGAGAGGGGGAAGAAAGAAGAAAAGACUUGUGUCAAUUACAAUUGAGUGAAAACGUUCCAUACAUUUAAACCUGUAUAAUAACAGUCCUGUUGCACACUCAGUACUUCUUUUGUUGACGUCUCGUUACGUUUUAACAGCUUACAGAUCUGAUAUGUUACAUAAUCAAAAAGUAUAAUGCCUUUUGAUAUUUGUUCAUUCUGAUUUGAAAUUUAAGUCAAAUCAAGUCACCUUUAUUUAUAUAGCGCUUCAUACAAUACCGAUUGUUUCAAAGCAGCUUUACAGUGAUAAACAGGAAAAUAAUGAUUCGGUGAAGCAAACAGUCAGUCAGUAAACAGUCAUUUGUUGUUUUGUUUGUUCCAUGUGUUUUAAUAUCACAUUUGAUUUGGAUUUACAUGCAGAUCUUUAUGAAAGAACAUCCCGGUUGUAAAUUAAAAAACAAAAACUUGAAUCAAAAAAUGUGACUUAUUAGUAACCCAUUAAUAUCUGUGAUUAUAAUGAAUUUGUUCCAUGGAACAUUUUCUUAAUUUAAUUAUUUUUUUAUUAUAUAAUUUUUUUAACCACUUUAUGGCAGUCUGUCGGAAAAAAAAUCUAAUUGUAUAAAUGUGAUGUUUUUUGUUUUGUUUUUAGCAUUACGUUCAACUAUGACUGAUCUCUUUUUAUUAUUUUACUUCUUUUCUCCAAUUUCAUGUCUGCGCCUUAACUAUAGCAAACUGCCCCUUCUGACUGUAAACAAACCUGUUAUAAACUGGGAAGCUUCGACACUCGGAGGACCGUUCCUAAAAAUGUGAAAGACUGUUGUUACUUCUUCCAUGUGUGUUCAGAGCGGAAACAAAACACUGAACCUGACUGGCACAAAACAACCAUGAAACCUUGUUAAUGGGUUGUUGUGCGUAGAUGGUGACUAAUCUAAUGUGCUUUAGUGUGUUGUUUUGAAUGAGUGUAUAUGUGAAGAGUAGCUCUGUUUUCCUAGCCCUCUUUUCUGCUGUAUGUGUAAUGCUGCUAAAAUUUUGUAAACUGUGCCUCUUGCCCAGCUCUCCGAACCACUCAUCAAUUCGACUGAAAGAGCUGUACGUGAAUUCUUUUGGUUUAACAUUCUUCGUUUGAUUGUGACAUAUAUGGAAGAAAUGGGUCACAAUUUAAUAGAGUGGAAGGUGAUAUUUCCAUAGCCUUUCCCAUUUUAUUGCUGUUGGAAUUAUACUAUGGAAUUUUUCUCCAUAACUUGAUGCCAUAGUUGUAUGUGCCUAACAGUCUCCCAAACAAAGUUUAUGAACAUCUUGUGACUAUGGCAUGAGCCUUGAUUGAAGAUGUAACUUGAUUGCAACUUUGGAAUAUGUAGCAUUUGUUUUGUUUGGUGAUUGUAAUGAUCGUGUAUCUUGCGUACAAAUCCGCUUCCUCCAUGUGAUAUUGCACCUGGCAAUCAGUCUCGAAGCUGCUCCAUUCCAACAUGAUUUUGUAGGGAACAAACAUUUUAUUAGACUUUGUGCAAUAUUGUUUUAGAUGAUUCACAUGUUCUAAAAUGAAAUUAUGUGAAUUAAAACAUUUUAUACUGCAGUGGACAAUGAGAUGAAUGACUGAAGAUAAUGAAUAGAGGACGGGGGUUGGUCGAGUGAAUAACGUAAGGCAUGUACCCUUCGAUAAACAGUUCAUAUGAAUUGUUAGUGUACAGACAGCGAAAGAAAUCACAUUGUGUAACAAAAACUAGGCUGCAAUAUCAUUCUCUGAUGUCAUUUCCCUUGAGAUGGUCUCCCACCUAUCUCACUCUCUCCAUUUUUGCAACCACGACUGUUGCUAGAACUCAAUUACUUCAUAGUCUGAGAGUUUGUAGUGACGCAUUUAUCCAUAAGACAAUAUUGGCUGUCUGUCCCAGAUUGCUCUUUGUGCUACUUGCAUGUUUUCCGUGCAAAAAAGACAUAUGGGGAAAAAAAAAAAAAUCAAUAUAGCAUGGGUUGAUUCGUUUGUUGGAUGUUGUUUCAGAUAUGUGCAAAUACCAUUUUGUAUACAAUAUUCAAUCUUUGGUGUUCAAUUGUUUGAGCAGAAAGAAACGUGAUAUUUCAGUAGUCAUAAUGCUUUUUUCCAGAUUCUGUAUCAAUGACAGUUACCUUAAAAAGUGUCAAUUUGUACAUUUGUAAUAUCUAUGUGAGUGUGAGUAGUUAUUUGACUUGAGCUUUGUAGUGUUCGCUUUUGUGACCAUGUCUUAUUGGUAUAUACUCUAUAUUCUUUUUUUAAAGCCUAUAGUUUUAGUCGUAUCUCGUGCCUUUGGAUAUUGGAUCUGUAUUGUAUUUUAAUUGGCUUAAACAUGCAUUGGUAUGAAUUCAUAAUGUUUUGUAGACAGAAUGCUGGUAGACUUCAAAUGUAGCUUGAAUCUAAAAAUAUUUUUGAAGUGCUAUUCGACACGGUUUAAACUGUAUGUUUUGUGUUUAUUUUCAUAAAGACAAAUGUAUUAGUCAUUUUGUAUCCUUUCAGUGGUUCUUAUCAUCCGUUUCUGUGCCAAUUCAGAUUUAUUGAAUGAUGUUUUGUAAAAACAUUAUGUACAUUAAGAUUUACAGUAAAUGGUUACAGCCUGA